AGAAACAGUAGACCGAACCACAUGCUGAUGUUUUGAUUUUCUUUUACUAAAUUUUCUUCUUAAAGUUUAGAGAAAUUUUAAUUGCAAAUGGCGGAGAAUUCUGAAACAGAUACGAAAAAGCCUAUGUCUGAUACGGAGCGGUUGGAAUUGUGUCAGAAAUUAGAUCAAGAGCUUGAUGAUUUUAUUAACAGUUUGGAAAGGAAAAGGUACACAGAAGGAUGGCCGGAGGACCGAUGGGAGGAAGAAAUGGAUAAACAUCCAUUCUUUAUGAAGAGUAACCCUGAUGGUGAUGAAAUGUCUCCACUAGCAGAAGGAUUGGCAAAAAUUAAAUAUGAUCCCGAGGAGAAUACACCAUUGGAAUUGGCAAAUAAUUAUAAAGAAGAUGGUAAUUUUAAUUUCAAACACAAAAAUUAUCGUUUAGCUAUUUUAGGAUACACAGAAGGUAUUAAAGUAAAGUGUGAUGAUCCUGAAAUAAACGCAAGUCUGUAUAACAACCGUGCUGCUUCACACUGGCAUCUUAAAAACUAUAGAUCCGCGUUAUAUGAUAGUGAAAAAGCCUUAUCAUUUAAUCCAGAACACACAAAAGCGAGACUACGAGCAGCCAAGUCCGCAUGCCAAAUAGCCAAAUACGAUGUUUGUAUACAACACUGUGAGAAAUUAUUAUCACAAAGUAAUGAUAAAGAAGUUGUAGAAUUAUUAAGCAUUGCGAAAAAGAAGAAGUUAAUACAAGAACGAGAUGAAAGGAAAGAGAAAAGAAGAACAAAUAAGAAGGAGGAAGAAAGAGAUGUGAUUGUUAAAAUGAUUAUUGAACGUGGAAUUAGAGUAUCCAAUUGUGAUGAUGAAGAUGAUAUAGAUUUGUCAAAAUUAGAACCGUGUUUGCCAGAUUCACAAGACUGUAUGGUGCAUAUAGAAAAUGGCGUAUUGAAAUGGCCAGUACUUUUAAUGUAUCCGGAAUAUCAAAUGACAGAUGUUGUUAAAGCAUGUCCGGAAAAUGUUCCAUUGUUAAAUCAGUUGGAACAAUUAUUCCCUGCUCCUUGGGACACAAAUAAUAAGUACAAUAUAAGUACUGUUAAUAUAUAUUUUGAAGGUUAUGAUAAAAUGCCGCAUGUGAUUGAUCCAAAGAAGAAUUUGGGUGAUUUAUUGGUAAUGAAAUAUUUUGAGCUAAAAGCGGGCACUCCAGCUUUUUUUAUUUUGCCACGCGGAAGUGUUAUUGAAAGUAGAUUUUUGGAAAGUUAUUUAUAGAAUAAGAUGAAAUAUAAAUUUUAUAAUG